ACUGCAGUGUGCUUCAGUCUGAGCUCAGCAUUUUAGCAAACCAUCCUCCUGACAAACAAAUGUUGGGCAAAAAAAGAGAAAAGAAAGCGUGAAAAUGUCAUUCAGACAUCUGUUAUGGUGGGAGCUAAUAUGCUAAUUACCGGCACACGACCUACAGAACUAGCCGUUGUGCUUUAGCAUGCAGUGCACAGGAAGCCAAACUCCGCCUUAAUUCAACCAACCGACUCACGAACCGACACGGUUUCAUGACUCGGAUCAUUUCUCUAACCUAAUUCGACCACUGAGCUUCGUUGUGGAAGGUGUCGGGCUUUCUUAUGAUUAUGUGCUUGUUUUGUUACGCGGAAGCGAUGACAGGACGCCGGUUUUCACGGCGCUGCGUCUGCGCAUGCGCAUUCCCGAUGAUCGCGUCUCCAAAACCCGGAGCGUCUGCAUCGGAAAUCUUCUGAACCUGCGACUCUUUCUGUAUGCCGAACACUUCUCAUGGCUACCUUUCGGUUCAUUUCUACCUGGGAAACAUUUCUGGAGUGUCUCCAGCCCUCACAGAUGAAGCAGCGGGUUUGAAUGAACCUGGCGGACGCACUGCUACUCAACCCUGUAUUUCCUGUUUUCAUACUAAUUUACAACUCGUCCCGGGAUUAGUCCAACUUCUGGACAUUUUUUUUUUAGGAAAGGAAAGGAGGUGUUGUCUUUCCAGGGUUCCACUCCCACCCUGUCAUGUCCAUUUGAAUACCUUCAUUUGAAUAGACGUUUGGCAGAAGUUUUUGCAGGUCCGACAUGUCAUCUGAAGCUCCAUCAGAGGGAAGACUGGUGUCGCUCGGAGGCCUGUCCAUGGACCGAUGGAUGGCCAGUCUGCCAAGUGGACUCUGGGACAUCCCUUUGUGGAAUCUGGCCAUCCCAGGAAGUCAUAACGCGAUCACGUACUGUUUGGAUAUGAAUAACCGCUCGCCCAUUGACCUCAAGCAGCCCGAUAUGCUCCAGAGGCUAGACAAGUACAUGAAGCCCAUCAUACGGCCGUUUGUUUACAAGUGGGCGAUUACGCAGGAGUGCUGCGUGAAGGAACAGUUGGACUGCGGCGUAAGAUACUGCGAUCUCAGGAUAGCGCACCGGCCCAACGACAACUCCUCUGAUCUCUACUUCUACCAUGGAGUUUACACCACUAUUACCGUAGAGACCGUACUGAAGGAAAUCAGGACAUGGCUGGACGCUCAUCCUAAAGAGAUAGUCAUCCUGUCCUUCAGUCAUUUCCAGGGCUUGAAUCAAGAGCUCCACACGCUCCUCAUCUCCACCAUAAAGAGCGUGUUCAACUCCAAGCUGUGUCCUAAAACGGACGCGGUCACGCUGAGGAGCCUGUGGAGUUCGGGUUACCAGGCGAUCGUCUCGUACGAGCACAACUUGGCUAACUGCCACACGGCGCUGUGGUCUCAUAUACCGUACUGGUGGGCUAACAAAUGUAAGGCGGAAGCGCUGAUCGAGGAGUUUGAACGCAGGAAGCAACACGGCCGUCCGGGAGGCUUCUUUGUGACGGGUAUCAAUCUCACCGAGGACCUGAAGUACAUCUGUUCGCAUCCCACGGAGUCGCUCAAGGACAUGGUCAUGGCGACGUACCCGACGCUGCUCGGCUGGGUCCGGGAGCAGAAACCCGGAUCCGGCGCCGACUCGCUCAAUAUCAUCGCUGCCGAUUUCGUGACCGAGAGCGAGUUCAUACCGACUGUCAUAGCGCUGAAUGAAAAUCUACUGAGUAGAAGCACAUGAUGAGGAUGAGGAUGAUGAUGAUUAUGAUGCAGCUCUUGGUUUCCCACAAUAUUUGGCACAUAGCACACAGGAUUUUAUGUUUACCUAUUCUCUACAAUAGACCUAUUGGUGUUUGCUGGGACUUAUAAAUAUAUAUAUAAAAAAAAUCUUUUCAGGUACAGGUAGUAAUGCUAUGCACAAACAGUUGAAUGACUUGAAUGUUUUUUUAUUUAUUAUUUUUUUUAUUAAUGACUCGUAUGACUAAUGCGCUGUCUUCUACUCUUAACGUUUUACCUCGUACCCUGGCAAUAACCUCUUGGCGGAUUUUGAAAGCACACGCUCAGAAAAGAAAGGGAAGAACCUGUAGCGUCGCUCGUUUACUGAAGUGCGACCCUCAAGGCUCGGUACUGGGUACACUUUGAAAAAGUAUCUUUCACCUUGGAAAGUGAAUUUAGCGUACCGUUCGGAUCAAAACCUGACCUUUUUAACCUUCUGUACUUAAAAGACACCAUUUUUAAAAUCUGAAACCAUCCACUAAAGUGUAGCGUCUUCGGGUUUUUACAUUUUUAAAAUUUUUUUAAUUUAUGUCACGUUACCUCGCCCUCUCCCGCCUCCCCAAUAGUCGCUCGAGAAUCUCGUGAUGGUGAUCACAAACGUCUGGUGAGUCGCCGCCGCCGUUACCAGCUCACACGCACCUACAGGCUCGGAUAAAUACGGCCGGACUCCGGGGACACGAUAUUACGUCGUGAACAGGAUUGUCUCCACCUCUACUUUCUCAAGUAAGACUGGGAGAUAUGACGAUAUAAUAUCAAUAUCGUGAUCAAUUCUCUCACAAUAUGCUACUUUGAGUUACCAUAGUUACCAAGAUACCUUGGUAAAAAAAUUUUAAAAAUAAAUAACAAGCAGAUAAUUGGAUAGUUUUCUGCUGUUUAAAUCAUUACACCUGUAAAAUAUAAUUUUCCGUCUACAGAUUGUUUUGUCCUCUGCUGUGUUUUAAAGAUCGUGAAAUAAAACGUUUAAGAGGUUUAUUUUUUAAAUGCAACGCUACUGAAUACUGUGAUGCGUAUCUUGUAUCGAGGAAACGUCUCGUCAUGUUGCGAUACGAUAUUUACAUUUUUUUCCCAUCACGUCAGAUCGAGAGAAAUCCUUCAAAAUCGAAAUGCAGGCUCGCGUUUCCGUGUCGGUUCUGUUCCGGGGAAAAAAUUUUUCGUUCGCAUUUACGUUUCCGCGUCGUCGUUAAAGCUCGUUCGAGGAACAAUGGCGGUGCUUAAGGUCCCUCUUAUAGGAAAAUAAUCAACGGCUGCGUGGUGUGACGAGUCUCGACGUGAAGGCGCCUUUUUUUUUAAUGUAUUUUUUACACAAGUCCCUGUGAAUUCAGCCGGGACUACUCUCGGAGACAAUUCAUCGACACGUUCUGACCAAUCAGAAUGCAGAAUUCAUGACAAGCAAUGGUACAGGUACUUCCUCCCCCCCUUCAGACUGCAUGCUCAGCACAGACUUUUGACUUUGACUUUAUUUAUUUCUCGCCUGAAAUCAUAUCAGUGAUCUACACAGGACUUUUUUUCUGUCAAAAAAAAAAAAACCACACAAGAAGGUCAUUUAUCUCAGGAGGCGUCUGGCUUUUAGAGUGUGAAAUGCAGAUGAACGUGCAUGCACAUGAGAGAAUUAUUAAAAAAAAUUUUUAAAAACA